AUGCGCCUCCUCGACCUCCCCAACGAGAUUCUAGGGCCAAUCUUCCAAUGGAUCGGGCAGGCCUUCUUCAAAGACGACUUCUGCAGAGUACUAAUCUGCAAAAGAUGGUACACAUUCGCGAUCCGCGAGUGUCUACGAGAAGUCAAAAUUACCCCGAACAAGAUAUACAGACUCCUUCACUCCAGAACAAAAGAGCAAAUCAUACAACUCUUACAAAGCCACGCUCACGAAAUCCAUUUCACGACUCAUGAUUUCUACCCAUUCCAGGCGGAGGAAACCGAAGACGAAGACACGACGCUGGCGCCACUCAAGCAAUGGGUACGGUCCUUGCACAACCAGGGCAUCCGAGAUCUCCUUCCGAUAUUAGCUGGGUGUACGUCUUUGCAGAAUCUGUCUUUCAGGACGUGGCGUGGCGUCUACGGGCUUUAUGCGGCUAGUGAGCAGGAUAUGGGCGAGAAAUAUUGGCUUACAACUCUGACAGAGGAGUUUACUAUUUCGUCGGCGAUUGUUGCGGAUGUUCUUUCUGUUGGGUAUAUGCAUAGUCUGGCGUCCCUGGAGCUGGAUCUCAGGGGCUGUGAAUGUGUUGCAGCUAGUGAGGAGGGCAAGCUCCCGAUUCAUCUAUGCCCUUCAGUAGCUGGUCUUCUUUCGCAAAAACAUAUGCGGCGUCUUUCAAUAUGCGUACACAGCGUUUGCCCUGAUAUCCUGCAGCCUGUGUCAAUAUCAGAACCAGAAAAGCCAGGAAUCUGGGUCGAGGAGUUUGUCCUCAACAUCACGCCUGACAUUGGAAAACAUUCUCAGCUUUGUUACGGGCAGACUGGCGAAGAAGCAGUCCCCUUUGUCUUUGAGCAACUCGCUAGAAACCUGCUCUCUCAAAUGGCCCGCCCGAAAAUCGUCCGGGUGGUCUCACACGACCACCCAACUCCCGAAUCCAUAGACAUCGCCUACUACCUCCGCGUGUACGAUGCCAUAGUUGAUGAAGCAAGACUCGCCGAAUGUGUCCCCUGGACUGGCGAGCCGCUCAGUCUACGCUCGUUUAAGCGCCCACUGGAGGAUCUCUUUUAA